AUGAACGAAACGAUCUCAGAUAUUUUGGCAGAAGAUGCCAAUCUUAGACCAUCAUGGGGAUAUUUGGGAUUAUCAGUUGUUCCGCUUGUUUGUAUUUUGGGUAACUGUAUGGUGGUUGCAGCGGUUUGGACAACUAAAAGUUUGCAAACACCAACUAAUCAUUUAUUGGUGAGUUUGAGCCAGAUAAUUAUGUAUUCCCAAAAAAAAACGUUUCAUGUUGAGUUUUGAUGCUAGGAAGUUAUGUCCACGACUAAAAAUCAAUCAUACCAUAUGACUAAUUCUAUGAAAUUUCUAUACGAACCCAAAUCUCUUGAGGUUUCUAAAAACUUUUUGUCUCACCAUGUUGUACCUUAAUGUCCCAGUAGGUUUCACUAAUUGACAAUCCUACUCGUCUAAAAAUAUAUCUAACAGAAAAACUCAAAAUACGGAAUUCAAUAUUUUUUAUAUCUCAAUUUUUGUAUUUUUGUGUGGACAAUUUCAUUCUAUUAAAGUUCAGCGAAAAAUUGAUUUUCAAAAAAGAGCAAAGAAAAGCGCGGUUUUGAAACAUUAGUCAUAGAAACUUUAAAUUAAUUAGAGUAAUUCAAUUGCUUUCGCAUCCGAUGAAUCAGGACACGAAAAGAAAAACAGAAAAAAAUACACAACAACAAAAAUAUUUUUUUGAGUUGAGUUGAAUUUGAAAUUCUUGGGAUUCUUGGAAUUUGAGGAAAAUAUGAGAAUAAUAUUUAAGUUUUGGAACUUCCGGAAAAAUAAAAGAAAGAUUCUCUGUGUGAAAAAUUCCUUUGACUAAUUGGAAGUUAAUUGCAAAACAAAAGUUCAAUCCAUCUGAGAUAAAUCAUGCUACUUUCAUGGCAACAAGAUUUUUGUACUUAAAUUAUCCGAAAACUUUUUCACUUAUAUCACGUGAACCAUUGAAAUUGAGAAAAAAUCUGAAAAAAAAAAUGUUGUGUUCUCAUAAAGACCAGAUGUCGUAACAUCAAAUUCACUAGGAAUUGGUGAGAAAUUUAAAUAAACUAAAAAAUCUUGAGACAUUGAGAUAGGGCAGAAUUCAACGAAUAUGUUCAAAAAAAUGUUUUUAUAGUACCUAUAUCACCGAAAAAUUGAUGUAUAUUUGCAGGUUUCAUUAGCAAUGGCUGAUUUGAUCGUUGGUGCAUUUGUGAUGCCCUUCAGUAUUUAUUUAUCAGUUAGUCCCCAAAAAUUAUGAGCUAUACAUAAUAAAUCUAAAAAAAAUUAUAGAUUAAUCGACUCCAUUGGCAUCUUCCACUUUUUGUUUGCUAUUUCUAUUGUGUUCUUGAUGUUGCUGCAAGUACUUCAUCAAUCAUUCAUCUUGUUUUGAUAAGUAUCGAUAGGUAAGUUUGAAAAAACCUUUGAACUAUGAUCUAGACAAGAUUUGAGAUCCAUCUCCAAUUUCCAACCAAAUACUUAUUAUUAUAUUUCAUGAAUGUUGCAAAAUGUUCUGAGCAAAUAUGGAAUUUUCAAUUAGUUCAGCCCACAAAAAUAUAUACAUCUUCAGAUCAAAAAGGUUUUUUUGCAGAUUGGUCGCAGCUACAAAACCAGCAGAAUAUAAAACAAUGAAACAUAAAAAACGAGUGUAUAUUGCAAUUGCGGUCACGUGGUUUUUCAGUAUUGCAUUAUCAUUACCCUUGGGCUCUGGAUUCAACACAAAAACAAGAGAUUUUCUGAUAGCCGAACAUCAUUGUGGAAUUUACAAUCCGAUUUAUAUGUUUGGCAGCAGUAUUUUUGCGUUUUAUCUUCCUUGUUUGAUUAUGAUUUUCACAUAUGGAUACAUUUUUUAUACUUUGAGAAAACGUUUGAGAGCCAUUCAAUUGCAGGUAUUCAUUUCUUUUUUUAUUACUCAUAUUAGUUUCUUUUCAUCUUAUUAAGAAAAAAAAUGUUAUUUAUUCAGGAAAUGGCUGGUGGACAAUUUCUUGGAUUUGGUGCUGACGUGGGCAACAUCACAACAUCAGCUAUGCAGUCGGUCAUUGGAAUUGCGCCGAAAAAUCGCAAUAUGAUCACAUGGGAAAAACCUUUGCUCAAAAAGAUUGAAGAGACGGCAGCCGAACACGCGAGUUCACUGAAUGAUAGCGAAAGAGAGCAGGUUGGUUGGUUGGUCUGAAACUACUUCUCGCUUUCUGCUGCUAUAGGCCGGGCGCGAGAAAAAUCUCUUGACAAAAAUUAAAAAUUCAUCGAGAGAGAAAUCGAGAUGCUGCAAAAGAUUUAUAUGAUGAAUGAACUAAAAUUCUCACUAUGCGGUUUAAUAAUUCAUUAAUUCGUCCUUAAGAAGAAAGAUUUUUUUCGCGCGCGACAGAAAUAGGGAAAGCGGAAAUGAGGGACUAUUUUUUCCAGCUUCAAACAAUUCUCGAAGCCGUUCAUCCGUCAUCGUCUGGAAGUCAGGAAAACACAACAAUCGAGGUAAUUUCAGAUUUCAACUCAAAUUAUCAUGUGAGCCAAGUAAUAUAGUUCAAAACUAUCGAAAAAUAAUUUUAUCCUUGUAAAAUUUUCAUCAAUUUCCAAUAGAUGGAAAACUGUUCCUUAUGCAUUUCCACUAAUCAAAAUUAAUAUAUUCUCUACAGGAAGAUCCGGAUCGACCUCCCUCAGUUUUGUUGGAGGCUGUCACUUUGAGAUGUGAAAUUGAUACAAGUGGUCCGAUUCUUGAAUUACCUCGACCAACUUACACAAAAAAGUAAGUUCAAAAAAGAUCAAAUCUCUUUCCACAAAAAAAUGGAAAAAUUUGCAGCAUGUCGCGACGUUUUUCGGACGCUGUUAACUCAAUUUCAAAUCGUGGGCGAAUGAAAUCCGUUUCUUUCGGAUCUGCAGCGCGUAAAAGACGACAUUCACAUCAACCUCAAGGAAAUUGUGAUGUUAUUACUUCGGAAGAGUCCAAAAAAUUGCAUUCAUUAAAACCUCCACUGGUAUGACGUUGAAUAUUUUAGGGUUGCGUGUGAAAAAUUAAAAUUUCUGAAAAAAGAGAGAAAAUUGAAUUUAAAAUUUAAAUUUAAAAAAGUAGGUUGAAUAUAAUUUAAUGGAAAAUUUAGCAAGGAACAAUUUCGUUACCAGUUGGACCAACAUACGAGAAAGACGAGUUUGUGAGUGCAAAAAUUACACAAAAUGUGACCACCUUAACAAUCUGAUUAGACAGUGAAACCUCAUAUUGUGUGCAUGGCUUAAAAUUUUAAACAGGAAGAAAACAAGCUGAUUCUGAUUCAUGUUGUAAUAUUUAGGAAAACUAUAUAUGUUUCUUAUUUUAGGUUGAACGAAGAAAAAUGAGAAGAUUAUCAGAAAUGAUUUCUGAUUGGGAAAGACCAUCAAGAAGUUCAAUUAGUAAUAUGUAUUUAUAUGCAAGACGUGAAAGUGUAUAUAUUGCUCGGAAAAAGUUGGCUGGGUUAAAAGAUUGGGCGUUGGAUCUUCUUGCAAAAUUAAAAUCGAAACAGGGAAUGGCGAUUCGAAGAGAGACUAGGGCUACGAAACUUGUAGCUACUGUGAUGGGUAAACCAUUUUUUAUAGAAAAAUUCAAACAAAAUACUAUUUUUAGUUGUUUUCCUUGUUUGCUGGCUGCCUUUCUUCACCUUGAAUAUGUAUAAAAUUUAUACAUUAUUAUAUUCAACCUGGCCUACUGAAAUGGAAUAUUAUUUCCAUUGGUUUACUGCUCUUGGAUACCUCAAUUCAUCUUUAAAUUUCUUUAUUUACUCAACUAUCAACCCGGUAUAUUUAAAAUGUUCUUCAGAAAUUAUUUUAUCAAACAAUUAUUUCAGAAAUUCCGUCAUUCGUUCCGCCGACUUCUUGGAUUCCGCAGAUCAUCUCGUCGAUCUCGAGAAAAAUCAUGGAUGCUUCCACCACGAGAUAGUAGUCGUGGUCCAGCAAAAUGUGGAUGUGGUUUCCAUAAAAUUGUCAAAAGUCCUUUGAGAAAAACAAGUUCUGCUGGGUGGGUUUGGAUUAUUUUUUGAGCUAAAAAACUCUAAACUCUCAAGAAAUAAUAAAAAGUGAUUAUUUAGUUCGAAUCCAGGGAAUGAUAUUGAAAUGAAAAGGUUUUACUAUGCUUCUUCUUGAUUCUAGCUAAACUUUUAUUGCAAAAACUUCUCUCGCGUAUCACCCCAGCAUGAUUUUCAUCUAGGAAAUAAAACUAAUCUUUGAAAUAACAACCGUUGAAUCAGAUUUCAGACCAAUGACGAACCGCAAAAUAUCGAUGCAAAAACCAGAAAUCGUUAUUGACGAAAUAUCACCAAAUCGUAUUUCAAUUUCCGCCGGUGGUAAUACAACAUUCCGGUGAGUUAAGAUAAUGUUUUUUUUUUUUUUUUUGAGCAAACUACAUUGAACAAAAAUAAUCAGAGAACACAUAAAAAGGGAGUUUAGGUGCAGUGGAGUUGCUGUGUAGUAGUGUAAGUUUAGAAGGUUGAGUAUACUGUCGUUUUUUUCAUAUCACGUACUUUCAUAGAUAUACAAUCCGCAAUCACAAAUUGCUUUUAUGUAAAGUAACUCUAAAUUCACCUAAUUGUAUAUUAUUUCUUUUGAUUCAAGAUAUUUUCAGCCGCUCAUCAGAUGAUUGUAUUCGAAGAUCAUCUUCUGAAAUUAUUGGUGGUAUAACUCUUCCCUCUACAUCUACGAGUAAUGAUAAACGAAGGUAUUCAAAACUCUUUCAAAUACCUUCCAGCAAAUUAAUCACUUCUUUUUGCAGAGGGUCUGGCAUGUCAAAUAGUUCAGCAUCUCUACAUAUUCAUGAAACUCGAAUGACAUUUGAAGCAAUGUGUAACGAACAAGGUGAUUGUGAAAUAUUUGUCUGA